GUUUUGACAGAACAUAAGCAAGACAUAUAGUUGUAUAUAUUUUGGUUUGAAGUUUAAUUUUAUUCACAUAUAAAAAUAUUUUAAAAUGUCACGAAUAAUUCAUAUCAUAGAUUUUAUUGAUCCGCAUUGUUUUUAUUUUAAAUUUGAUGACGAUUUGCAUGAUACUAAGCUUCAAAAUCUCGAAGAUGAAAUUGCCAACUAUGCACGCACCAAAUUAAAAGAAACGACACAAUUUAAUGCAGUUGAAGGUGAUACCGUUGCAGCGUAUCAAAUUUCUUGGGCGAAAUGGAUACGAGCAAAAGUGCUUGAGAAUUUUGAAGAUUUAAAACGAUGCAAACUAUGGGCAAUCGAUCAUGGUCAAAUAUUUGAGACGGCACAUAAAAAUAUUCUUCCAUUACCGCAAAAUUUUAGCGAUAAAACGGUUAAUGGCGUUUUUCGAGGUUGCAUUUAUGGCAUGAGUCCAGCAAAUCUUGUUUUUAAUUAUGAUAACUUUGUAUCAGAACUGAAAAUAUGUCAAAAUUGGUCCCAGAAGGCUAUCAAUCAAUGUAAAAUGAUUAUUAAUAAUAAAAACGUCUUUGAAAUAAAGUACGACAUCAAAGUGGAGCGUGACAACUAUUUCUUCGGUAACUUAUCAGUUACGACUUUAUUGACUGACAACGAUGGUUCGAAAGAAAUGUACGAUUCCGAUUUCAAAGAAGCUUUGAUAUCUAUCACAGAAGCUAUAAGCGUUGAUUUUGAAAAAGAAAUGGAUCGAAUUGUAAUGAAAUAUGGUGCAUUAUACAACGGCCAAAAUACUUCACAGAAAAAAAAUCAUUUUGAAACUGUGCCGGUUCGCAGUGAUCAUAACCCGAAUUCAGAACCAAUCACUGUGCACAACGAAUCGAGCACAAUCGUACUGAGUGAAAUCGAUCAAGGUAUCACCCGAUUGCAUUUGAGUAAACAUUCAGCAAAACCAGCACCAAGCACAAUUGUACCAAGUGAAAUUGAUCAAGGAAUCACUCGAAUGGGUUUAGGUAAAAAAUUUGCAAAUCCAGUAGCAAGCACAAUUUUAUCAAGUGAAAUCGAUCAAGAUUUCUCUCGAAUGGAUUUUGGUCGAAUUCCAAAUCCAGCGGCCAGCAUUUUGAGUACAGUAGUGCCUAGCGAAAUUGACGGCGGUGUCACACGCCUGCAAAUGAAUUCGAUUUUAAAUACGCAUAAGAUAGAUGGGAAAAUCGCACAUAUGCCGGCCGGUUUCGAGCGUGAAAUACCAAACUUUAAAAAAUACAACAAUCAUUCGUAACAACAACAACAAAAACAACUUUCAAAAUAUAAAUCGUUUAAGAUUAAAAGAUUUAAGUCAAAGAAAGAACAAGAAUAAAUUUUUUCCAAGAUUCUUCUCAAAAAAGAGAUGGCGACACAUACAAGUAAAUAAUAAAUCAUUUUAGACAUUUUAGACAUUCUUUGAAAUGUUCAGGAGCUCAACAUUUAUGCGAAGAAAUAAUAUAAAAAGUAUGUCAACGAAUUCUACGUUUUGAAAUAUGAAUUCGAUAGAAUAAAUGACACACCAAUGACAGGAAUUCUGUAAAAAAGGCAGAAGAUGUGGCCAAUGCAAUAAACUUUUGAAUAAAAUAA